AUGAAGUCGGUCACGUUGUUGGCGGCCGCACUGCUCGCCGGCGCCGUAGAUGCCAUCUCACCAGAGAGAUCCGACUUCUUCCUUUUUCCUCGCCAAAAGAAGGGUGUGCAGCAACCAAAGCAAGAUCCCCAGCUCAUGGUCGCCACAAACCAAGGCUGCUACAAGUCGCAGGGUGAAUUGAUAUACAACGACACAUUCAUCUUCAACUCUAUCGACCUUUGCGCGACAAAGACGUGCUACCCAGCCGGCUAUGAAGUGGCGGCCUCGCGUGCAGGUAAAGAGUGUUUUUGUGGGCAUAAGUACCCGCCGAAAGAAGACCUCGUCCCCGACAGCCAAUGCAAUGUUGGCUGUGGCGGUUACGAUCUUCAUGCAUGCGGCGGCGCCGAGACGUUCUCGGUUUACAAUACCGGCAAAUCGCUGGCAGUGAAGCACUCCGAGAAGACAGAUGAAGACGAGCCUACCUCGACCGGGAAGCCCACCGUAACCUCAACCCAAGGAGCGGCCCAGACAAUUAUAAUGACAGAGACUGCGGUCGUCGAGCCGGAUAAGAAGGGCAGCAAUACGGCAGGUAUCGUUGCCGGCGUUGUGGUGAGCGUGGUGUUGGUGAUCGCUGCUGGUACCGGUGUAUACCUGUACCUGCGCCGCAAGCGCAAUAAGGAGAUCGAAGAAGAGCACCGUCGUAAUGCUGCUGUCACCGCGUUCAUGGGCAAGCCUGGUAGCAGCGGCGGCAUGUCCAUGACCGACUCGCGCCUCGACCCCAUCCUUGCCGCCAGGAGGUUAAGCGACGGCAGCAUUGCCGACAAUCAAGACUAUUCGCGGCGCAUUCUUCGCGUCGUCAACACGUAA